GGCAUCCUAGCAUGUGUAAAUUCAAUCAUAACAAAUUUAUUAUUUAACAGUCUUGUUUUAUUUACAAUAUUAUCAAUAAAAGUUGUACUUUACGAAGAUGAGUUUCAGACAGAGCUAUAAACUAGUGACAAAGCAAGCCAUUCGAUGGUUUCCCGGCCAUAUGGGUAAAGGUUUAAAACAAAUGCAACAGAAGUUGAAGUCGGUUGAUUGUAUUUUAGAAGUACAUGAUGCACGAAUUCCGUUUUCCGGUCGAAAUCCAGAAUUUCAACAAACAAUAGCAGGCGGCGUGAAGCCUCAUAUAUUGGUUCUAAACAAGAAGGAUUUAAUAUCACCCAAAGAUCAAAAGUAUAUAAGCAGAGCACUUAGGGAACAAGAGCGUUUGGAACAUGUAAUAUUCACAAACUGCAAAGAUCAGCAAUGUAAUGGCAUGCGUAAAUUGAUGCCUUUAGCUAAUGAAUUAAUCUCAAAUUCCGGACGAUAUAAUAGAGAAGGUGAGAAAGAUUAUUGUGUGAUGGUAAUUGGGGUUCCAAACGUCGGCAAGAGUUCUUUACUUAAUGUUCUGCGAAAUCGCCAUCUGAAGAAAAAAGCUGUAGCCCAAGUGGGUGGCAUAGCCGGAAUCACACGCUCAGUUAUGGAAAAAAUCAAAAUAAGUGAAGAUCCUUUAAUGUACAUGAUUGAUACACCAGGAAUUUUGGAACCUCGCAUCAGCAGUGAUGAAAUGGGUAUGAAAUUGGCGCUGGUUGGUUGUUUGCCAGAUCAUUUGGUGGGAGAAGACCUAAUUGCUGAUUAUUUACUAUAUUGGCUAAAUCGACAUGAACGCUAUGAAUAUGUUCCAUUAAUGGGUUUAGAAAAACCCACAGACAAUAUAUCAGAAGUUCUGGUAGCUUGUGCCAAUAAAAUGGGUGUUCAAAGGAAAGUUAAAAGAAGUGAUGGACAAAUAUUAGUUAUGCCCGAUAUUUUGAACUCUGCCAGACAUUUUAUUAAGCUUUUUAGAACGAAGGCAUUGGGUGCCUGCAAUUUAGAUAAGGAAAUAUAUUAAAUUAAAGAAAUUCAUGCCACACA